AUGAGCCAGAGCAGAGAGGUUCCGGACGGGAAGGCGCACCGGCAGGUGUUCGAGGCUCAGGCUCAGCUGUCUCUGCUGGCUGGAUGCAGGGACAGGGGGACAGUCAGUGUGUCCUCAGAGGACAGUGACGGACCCAGCAACACCAGCAGCAGGAGGCAGCUAGUGUCUCGUGGUGGUGAUGACGUCAUCGCGGAUGUCACGUGUCUUCCAGUCUCUGUGGUAAACAAACAUUCUCGCUCUGACAUCAUUGAUCAGAUGAAGAAGAGAAAGAGUCAGAAACACAACAAGACUCUGGAGCAGCUGCAGACACACCUGACUCACCUGGCCCAGAUGUGUGAGACGGAUGUGAGGACCGCCUGUGAGCAGCUGCUGUCCUCUCUGCGUGAUGCAAACCUCAGACUGGACACCCUGAGGGACAGAAUGAGACAUCUGGAACACAUCAGUCUGCAGGAGGUGCACGGUCUCUGGGGGGAGGUGGAGAAGGAGAUAAGGAUGAAGAGGACCAGUUUCUCAGAGCUGGACGUCAAACUGAGGGAUGUUGAAAAGCGUCGGAGCGACAAGAUCAGAGUUCUUCUCAGGAAACACUGUGGCCUGCUGGAGCAGAUCAGCUUCCUGCCUCCACCUCAUGUCCACAGACUGAUCCAUGCUGAGGCCACGAAGUUGAAUCAGUCUCUGCUGGUGAACCGUUGCAGCAGUGCCCGUCUGCUGCUGUGCCUGCAGGAGCAGAAUUUGCAGCAGGAGUCCUCCCUCCAUCAGGAGUGGGAGAACGGUCUGGACCUCUGGAGGAGCAGCAGGAUCCACGAGACUGUAGAUCAGUUCAGGGCUGUGUGCAGCAGGGAUGAGGUGCAGCAGCUGAUCUCUGAUCAGCAAAACCAAACCCAGCAAGAUCUGAUAGAACAGCGUUGUGACAUCAUCUCCAAGAUCUGCUUACUGGUCCCGCCCACCUGUUCGCCUGCACUGGUUUCUGACUGGUUCGAUGAACUGACAGCUGUCAAUCAACAGACUGACCGCCUUCAUUCGGACCUCCUCCAUCAGCUCAGGUGUUUAAACGAGCAGACGAGGCAGAACCACCUGGCUGCUGUGGAGCGCUGUAAGGAGGCGCUCUCAGUACAUCAAGUGUCUGACAAACAGGUGGAUGACAUCAUCAACUCUCAGAUCCUCCCUCUGAUUGGACGACAGCAGAGUCAGGAUGACGAACGACUGGCUGCUUUAGAGGUGUGCAGUAGCUCUGUUGCCUGUCACGCUGUCAGCAUCAGCAGGUAUGUUUUUGAUGUGAUGCGAGCAGCAGCGUUGCUAUGGGAGACGCACCGCUGCAGGUUGAAGAGGAGAGAAGAAGAACUGCAGCAACACCUGAAUGACAUCAGACAGUCACAGCAGCAACGCAUACAGAAGAGGACAGCUCGUGUGGACGUCCUGCUGGGGAGACUCCGUCAGGAGAGCAGUAAGGACGCUCUGAAUAUGUCUCUGGAGAAAACUGUCCAGUCCCUGGAGGACAUCGAGGACAGCUGCAGACAGUGUGUCACUGAUCAGUGGGAGGUUCUGGAUCGUCUCCCGGCUCUCCUCAUGGAGGAGCUUGUCUCCUACAGCCGCAGUAUCUGCUCUUUCUUUAAACUUAGCCCCGCCUACCAUCUGAGCGUCCAACCAUCGUCCACCAGAACCACCGAGCUGGACCUGGAAACCAGUGGAGAGACUGAAACACUGAAACCAGACCAGACAGCUGAGAAAAACCGGGUCAGCUGUCAGAACCAAAGAGGAUCGACCCAAAACUCCCACAAACAUCUGUCUGAGGCUGAGUCCUCUCUGCUGCGGCUCUGUGACAUCAGCACCAUCAUCACCUUCACAUCCACAGGAGGCACGGUCUAUACAGGCCCCGCCUUCAAAUGCCCCGCCCCUGACUUGUCCAGCAGCCUGCAGCAGGAAGCACACCUGAGUCUGUUUCCUGCAGAUCUGCUCACACAUACACUGAGCAGGACUCGGACUCUGAUUCUGGACCACCUGGAGCAGAACUUCCAGGACCUCCUCAGCUCCUCGGUUACCAUGGUAACAAGCAGGAAGGAGGCCGUUCGUUUGGAGCAGGAGCUCCAGCUGCAGCAACUGAAACCAGAAUACAUUCGGACCCACAUAUAUGAGCCCCGCUUGGCUGAGCUGCAGCUCCAUCAGCAGCGAGUGGACGUCCACUGUCAGGAAAUGUUGGACGUUCUGUCCUCCUGCAGGACUGAGCAGCAGCAGCUGCAGAUAUCCACAAGCAGUCAGAACCAGAACCUCCUCCUGACCCUGUCCAACAUGGAGGAGGAGGUCCAGGAGGCGAACAGUGUCAGAAGGCUGGAGGCCCUUGGCUCCGCCCUGCAGGACUGUCUGGACCGGCACGUCAAAGAGACUCAGCGCUGCCGGGCUCGUUUCAGACACUCGGUCCAGUCCAGACUCAAGGAGGGCGGAAGAAGAACCGCAGAGCUCCUGGGCUCCUUCAGGAUGUUCAGUGAAGGAGGAGACUUUACUCCUCACGAGGUCAAGAUGUUUCAGAAGAGACUGAAGGAGGAGACCAAACGAGUCAGUGGAACCGUGGAGUCCAUCUACGCCGAACUGGAGCUCUUUGAGUCCAGGAGUCUACAACAGGUGAGGGAGGCGUCGGCUCGUGUGGAGGGAAAACUUUCUGCUCUGAAGGCUGAGAUGGAGUUCACCGAGAAGAUCGAGAAAAUAAUCAGGAGCGCACAGAUUCAGAUCAAGACUGAGGCGGCCAGCAGUAACCAGCAGCAGUCUGUGAUCAGCAGCAGGUUGGAGGACAUCAAGAGGACAAUGGGCAACAAACAGGUGUCUCCAGACGAGGUCUGUUGUCUCCUGUCCUCCGCUCAUGAAGACAUCUCAAAGCGCUGUCAGUACCUGGACUUUAGUCUGAAUUCUGCGGUUCAGGACAGCGCGGUUCUGACGGCUCAUCCUAAAUCCAGGAGGCAGGUUCGGGUCUCCACUCAAACCGGAUCCCUGCAGCUGAGCAGAACCGGAGUGGACCUUCAUGAAGAUCCUGUUGUUGGAGUCGUCAGGUUCUCUUUGGUCCAGGAUUCUGGAGCAGAUCAUGUUCAGAGGAGAAGAAGAGCAUCAGCUGGUCAGAGUUUGGUCCAACGUCAGCAGAGAAGCACCGAGUCCGUCAGCUCACCGAGCAGCAGGAAGGGCUGCAGGCCCGUCAGAACCGACAUCCGAGCUGAGAGGAAGUUCCAGAUUUUUGGAUCCAAACAGGAAGCAGAACUGAACCCACACUCUUUCAGCUCGGCCGUGCAGUCGAUCCUGUGGAGAGCCAACAACAGCGUCCUGCAGCACGUUGAGGACUUUUACCGCAACAAACUCAGCAGCUUCUUCCUGCUUCCUGACUCUUUGGACCAAUGGGCUGAGGGCACGCAGAAAAGGCUUCUGGGAUACCAGGAACAGGCUAGGAGGUUUCUGAGUGAAAGCAAACAGGAGGUGGUGAAGCAGCUGUCUGUGUUCAGGGAGCUCCUGAGUUCGUUACCUCCUAUUUUAAUUAGUAACCAUGAGCAACAGCAAGGGGCGUGGCUCAGAGAGGAGGUGGGUGGAGGCAGAAAGAAGCUGGAAGAGCUGAUGGCUAUCAGCGACAAGGAGAAGAGUCUGAACAUCCGUCAGCUGCGAUUUUCUCUCAGAGAUGACGAGUUGCAGGCGCUGAACUCCAGAGAGGAGCUCCGACAGCAGCAGCUGCACAGCUCUGUCAUCAGGACGCACAUGGAGCUGCAGGAGUGUGUGCACAUCAGAGCAGAGCAGUUUGUGACAUCACUGGCCUCUCUGUCAGAGAAGCUGCUGCAUCAGCUGGACGAGCUGAUGUCACCUGCAGAAACCAGGACCACAGGGAAGCACCAACCCACUGAAUACAGCUCUGUUACCAUGGAGACCGGCUCUGAAACAGGAAGUGAGCUCAGCAGCCUGAAGCACGAGGAGGUUAUCAAACUGAGAGAUGCUGCUGUGAAGCGGUUCCAGCAGCUGCUCCGGUCAGAGACGUCUCGUUUGGACGAGGACAAACAGAGACACCUGAGUGAAGAGCAAAGCUGGAACUCACACUGGAGACAACAGAUACACACUCUGACACACAUCCGUCUCACACACACACCUGACUGCCGCUGAUAAACCACAGAAGAAGAAGAACUUCCUGCCGUUUGUUCAUUUAUCCACAU